AUGUGCUAUGGGUGUUUAGUGGCUAUUGCUGCACCCACCAAGGCCGAUAACGUUGUCAAGGUCAAUCAGCAUGGUGAUGGAAAUGGUCAUUUUCAUACUAUUGGGGAUGCGCUCAAAUCCCUUCCAGAUAACUCGGAUACAUACGUUAUUGAGAUUGAGAGCGGUGUAUACGAAGAACAACUGGUGAUUGAUAGAUCAGGUCCAGUGGUCUUGCGUGGCAAUACCAAAAAUGGCCAGCGUUCUUCAUACAAGGACAAUACAGUAACGAUUGCGUGGAACUCGACGGCAACCAAUGGCGUGAGUGAUGAGGAUUCCUCGGUGGUGUUGGUUAAGAAUGAUGGCUUUCGAGCCUACAACAUCAACUUUAAUCAAACCUAUGGGCUAUCAUUCUCAGGUCCACAAUCCGUAGCAGUGACCGUGGAUGGUGACAAGGCAGUGUUUGACCAAUGUUUAUUUACCAGCUAUCAAGAUACUUUAUUUGUUGGCAAUCGAUCAUGGACGGGUCGCCAAUACUUCAAGGAGAGCUAUAUUGCUGGUGCUGUGGACUUUAUCUUUGGCAAUGCAUCGAGCUACUUUGAUCGCUGCAUCAUCGCAUCGAAUGGUCCUGGUCACAUCUCAGCCCAAAAGCGUCAAUACCAUGAUGAAAAUGAAGCUAUUCCCUCGGCCAUGAUUUUCAAUGAGUGCCAAAUUAUCACCGAUCCGAACACAAAUGGGGUCGAUCUCACACAAAAAGUCGAUCUUGGCCGACCAUGGAGGAAAUACGCCAAGGUGGUGUACAUGAAUUCAUAUAUUGGUGAUCACAUCAAGCCAAAAGGAUGGGGCGAUUGGUAUUCAAGUACUCUUGGUGAUUACUCAAAUGUUGAGUACUAUGAAUACAAUAACACAGGACCUGGUUCAUGGCAAGAGAACAUGGAUGCUCGAGCCGAGGUGAAUUACACACGUCUUAUUAAUGAAGAAGAAGCUAAAGAGUAUACGCUUGAUGCAUGGUUUCAUUCUGAUCUUUCAUGGCUAAACUAG